AUGGGCCCCGCCCCCGCGGAUCAGACCCUCAUCCCCCUGGCCCCGCCCCCAGGUCAUGAGACCUACCCCCCCACAGCCCAGAGCCCCGCCCCCACGAUCCAGGGCCUGCCCCCACGGUCUUGGGCUCCUCCCCCAGGCCCAGGGCUCCGCCCCGAGACCCAGAGCCCCGCCCCCGCGGCCCAGGGCUCCGCCCCCGCGGUGUCACCGCCCCUCGGCGGCCUGGAGCUGAGAGAUCUGGACGCAGCCGUGGAAGCGGCGGAAACGAGGACGACCCGGGGAGGAGCCGAGGCCGAGCAGCGCGGACCUGAAGCGCCCCCGGCUCGCGUCCCGCGCCCCUCGGCCCGCGCGGUACCAAGGAGCCGCAGCGACUGGGGGGGGGGCGGGGGUCAGGUCGUCCAGGAGGCCGGACCUGACACGGGGGACCUUGAUUUCCCUCCUGAGCAACAUUUUGGUAACGAGAUCUCCUGGCAGCCCUUCCACCUUGGGCUCUUCACCCACUAUCUGUUCACAAGUGCCCACAAGGACUGCCCUGUGCCCCAGGGCUCGGAGCUCCUGAGCCCCCACCUGCCCUCCAGCUGCCCACCAGCCUUCCCGCCAGACCAUGUCGCUGGCAAGGACAAACAGAUGGAGUUCUGUUGGGACCCCUGGCAGAGGUGCUUCCAGACCACCAACGGCUACCUGUCGAGCUCCAGAGCCUGUUCCAGCAACUACAGCGUGGCAGCCCUGGCCACCUCGUCCCUUGUGGGGGUGGUGCAGAGCAUCAAGGACCACAUCACGAAGCCCACGGCCAUGGCCCGGGGCCGCGUGGCCCAUCUCAUCGAGUGGAAGGGCUGGAGUGCCCAGCGGUCAGACUGGGCGCUGUCCCCCGCUGAGGACGAGCGCUACUGCUGCCUCCCGGACGAGCUGCGUGAGGCCCACUUUGCUGCAGGGGUCGCUGAACAGUUUGCCAUCACAGAGGCCACUCUGAGCGCCUGGUCAUCACUGGACGACGAGGAACUGCACCCUGAAAACAGCCCCCCGGAUGCCCUCCAGCUCCAAGAUCUGGAGAGCAUCUACCUUCAAGACAGCCUGCUGAGUGGCCCCUCGCAGGACGACAGCCUCCUGGCCUUCUCCCCCGGCCUCUCCCCUCACAGCUGGCCCUCCCCUGAGGAGCCUCCCAUGGCAGCUGCCGGCGCCCAGCCCCCCAGCCCGGCCCCACAUCGACGGCGGCUGCCAGGGGGCCCGGGGCCCGAAGGGGGGACGCACCUGCAGGGCUCCCUACCCUCCAUGGACAGCGGCUCCCUCUCAGAGGAGGAGGACGAUGUGUUUUACAACUGAAGCCGGGCCCGGCCGGAUCCCCUGCUCCUGGCAGAAGUCCAGCUGGACGGGGACCACCUUGGCUCUAGCAACCAGCAUCAUUAAACCCCUCAGAGACAGCAUGGAUUGGGUCAUUACAGGGCUGAGGCUGGCAGCACUUGUGGGUCUCUCUGGGCCUCUGUGGAGCUUCGCCCCUGCGGUGGGAACCAUAAUUGCCCUUCUCCCCCUGGGGUUUCUGCCCUCCACCAGCUCAAGGACUCUCAGCUGGCCCCAGGGGGGAGCAGGGAACUGACAGCCAGGCCCCCAGGCAGACAACCAAGCAAGAUGGGGAGAUCUAUUUGGAGUGGCACCCAGAGACCUGACCUUCCCCAGUCAUACUCGCCCCGCUGGUGUUGUGGCUACCUCUUCUGGUAGCUGAGUGCAGUUCUCUGGCCCUUUUCACUCUCUGGAGGGACCAUCUGUCCCCCACUUCCCAUGUGACCCCCUGCUCCU